CCAUCACCAACUUCCUUGAGGCCACAACCCGCUCACAACAGCACUGAGGAAUAAACAUCACCCUGUGAGAAACAAAAAACUGUGGUAACCUGCAAGAAACAGAAAUCAUCAUUCUGCAUUGCCAUGUUCUGAAGAAGACAAGAGGUUUUCUUUUUCCACUCGAUUAUGUUGGAAAAAAACAAAUGUAUAAAAUAAAAAAACACUAUGUCGACAAAGAACGCUGAAGACAUCAUGAAUCCCUGCACGUCCUUCAAUGGACUGAACGAUUUUGAUCAGGAGGGAUCAGAUUCACUCAGUGUUUUGUCUUUGAAGAGUGACAGAUCAAUGCAAAUGCCAAUUCACUUAUCAAAUAAAACACAUCUUCCACAUCUAAGUUUGUUGGACAGAUCAGACUCUUCUGGCCCUAGUGUUUUGUCCAUGAAGAGUGACCGAUCAAUGCAAAUGCCAAUUCAUCUGAAAAAUGGAUCAGCUCCAAUGGAAAAAAGUUUCGCUGUCAGUCUUCAGCAGGAUAGAUCAGAUUCGUCUGCCCCAAGUUUUUUGUCUAUGAAGAGCAAUCGGUCAAUGCAAAUGCCAAUUCAUCUGAAUGGAUCACCUCCACUGACACUAAGGGGUUUACUAACAAAAUCAUGUCAGGAUGCUGUGAAGACUGGCAGCUUUCAUGGAGAAUUUAUUCAUCAGCGUGAUUCACAGAGGCCUGAUGUCAAGAUUCAAAGAUUAAAAUCAGAAAUAAAAAAGAAGCAUCUGUACAUUUUUGAAGGAUUUGCAAAGCAGGGAAACCCAACACUCCUGAAUGAGAUCUACACAGAGCUCUACAUCACAGAGAGUGAGAGUGAGAUCAGUAAUGAACAUGAGGUGAGACAGAUUGAGACACAAUCCAGGAGAGCAGCAACAGAGGACACACCGAUCAAAUGCAGUGACAUCUUUAGACCUUUACCUGGACAAGACAAACCCAUCAGAACUGUGCUGACAAAGGGAGUCGCUGGCAUUGGAAAAACAGUCUCUGUGCAGAAGUUCAUCCUGGACUGGGCUGAAGGGAAACAGAAUCAGGACGUCCAGCUCAUAUUUCCACUUCCUUUCAGAGAGCUCAAUCUGAUGAAGGACAAAACACUCAGUCUUUCAGAUCUUCUUCAUGUCUUUUUCCCUGAAACAAAAGAAAUGGAAAUAUCCAGUGACAAAUAUAAAGUGUUGUUCAUCUUUGAUGGUCUGGAUGAGUGUCGUCUGUCUCUGGAUUUUCAGAGCGAUGUGAGGUUGUGUGAUGUAAGUGAAUCAGCCUCAGUGGACGUGCUGCUGAUGAACCUCAUUGCAGAGAAUCUGCUUCCCUCUGCUCUCAUCUGGAUCACCUCCAGACCAGCAGCAGCUGAUCUCGUCCCCUCUGAGUGUGUCCAUCGAGUGACAGAGGUACGAGGCUUCAAUGAGCCACAGAAGGAGGAAUACUUCAGGAAGAGAAUCAGUGAUCAGAGUCUGGCCGAUAGGAUCAUCUCACACCUGAAGUCAUCAAGGAGCCUCUUCAUCAUGUGCCACAUCCCAGUGUUCUGCUGGAUCUCAGCCGCUGUUCUGGAGAAGAUGUUGAGUCGAGCAGAGAGUGGAGAGAUUCCCAAGACUCUCACUCAAAUGUACACACACUUCCUGUUGGCACAAAUUUGCAUUAAAGACAUGAAGUACAGUGAGAAAAAGGACAAAGACAAAGAGAUGAUUUUCAAAUUAGGGAAACUGGCAUAUGAGCAACUGGAAAAAGGCAACCUGAUCUUCUAUGAGGACGACCUGAGAGAGUGUGGCAUUGAUGUGACAGAAGCAUCAGUUUACUCAGGAUUGUGCACUCAGAUCUUCAGAGAGGAGCUUGGCUUGUAUCAAGGGAAAGUCUUCAGCUUUGUUCAUCUGAGCAUUCAGGAACAUCUAGCAGCUCUUUUUGUGCACCUGUCCUUCGCAAACAGCAGUAAAAAUGUGCUUGAAGUGGGUGAAGCAAUGGAAUCAGAUAUUAAUGUUGUACUCAAAAAUGCAACUGAUAAAACUUUAAAAAGUAAGAAUGGACAUCUUGAUCUCUUUCUUCGCUUUCUUAUGGGACUUUCAAUGGAGUCAAAUCAGGCUCUUCUAGAAAGGUUUUUGAUAAAAAGAAAAGUCUUUCCCCAGGACAUAGUGAUUACUAUUAAGUAUAUUAAGGAAAUGAUAAAAACAAGUUGUCCAGAAACAAGUGUCCUUCUGUUCCACUGUCUAAAUGAACUUCAUGAUCAUUCUCUAACUGAUGAAAUCCAAAAGUACAUGACCUCGGGAAAAGUUAACAAAGAAAUCCAGUCCCAAGAACUUGGGUUGGCUCUGAUGUACAUUUUAAUGACAUCAGAUGAGCAGUUUGAUGAGUUUGAACUAUGUAAAUAUGGUAGAUCAGACAUAAUCCUUGGCUGGCUGCAUCCCGUGAUCAAGCUGUCUACCAAGGCCUGGUUGCGUGACUGUUAUAUCACAAAAAGAGGCUGUUUAACACUGUCUACGCUUCUUUCAUCACAAUCCAAUGUGAGAGAGCUGGACCUGAGCCACAACAACCUGGAGGACUCAGGAGUGGAAAUACUCAGUGCAGGAGUAAAGAACUCGUGCUGUGCACCACCAUUAAUUGAGGAAUGGUUCAGCAAUCAGCCAGAUAAACAUGAUAAUCAGCUUGGGCAUGAUAAAUUCAUAAGUCUCACUGCUGGACUACAGGACACAGAGUGUAGACUGGAAUCUUUGAAUCUGGAGACCUGUGGAGUAACAAAAGCAGGUUGUGUUUACCUGAGCAAAGCUCUGAGUUCAAACCCUUCACAUCUGAGAGUGCUGGACCUGAGCUGGAACGACAUAGGAGACUCUGGAGUGAAACAUCUCUGUGCUUCUCUAGUGAAAAUGCAAUGUGCAUUGGAAACACUAAGGUUAAAUAACUGUAACAUAACAUACGAAAGUUGUAUAGCAUUGGCUAAAAUACUACAAAUACCUUCAAGCCUGAAAGAGCUCUCUCUAAGCAAGAAUAAGCUCCAGGACUCAGGUGUGAUGCUCUUCUCUGUUGGACUGCAUCAUCCUCACUGUAAACUGAAGACACUCAGUCUGAAGAACUGUGGAGUAACAGAAGCAGGCUGUGUUUACCUGAGCAAAGCUCUGAGCUCAAACCCUUCUCAUCUGAGAGAGCUGGACCUGAGCUGUAAUGACACAGCAGACACUGGAGUUAAAUAUCUCUGUGAAUAUUCUCUGGUGAAAAGUCGGUGUGCAUUGGAAACAUUAAGGUUGUCCAAGUGUAAAGUUACACAUGAAGGUGUGACAGCACUGACUGAAGCUCUGAAAUCACAUCCAUCCCGCCUGAAAGACAUUGAUCUGCUUGAGAAUGAUCUGGAAGAGUCAGACUUAAAUGUGCUCUCCAUGAUAUUGGACAACUCAUCAAAAAAACGAUCAUUAAGAUAACUCCAGAAAUAAACAAUCAAGCUUUUAACAUUGUGAGUAGCAAUCAUGCACUGUGAAAUCAUGAUACAAUCUAAAACUGUUUCACCAAAAAUUAACAUGGUCAUUUAGUUCAUUUAGCAACAAGUUGUUGCAAACCUGUAUGAUUUUUUUCUUCUUCUGUUGAACACAAAAGAUGAUAUUUUGAAGAAU